UGUUGUUAUACACGUCAGCCCAUGUUUACUGGCUGUCAGCUGAUUGGUGAGUCCCUCGAGUGCUGAGCGAACAAGAAGUGAAGUAUUAACUUGGACUGUGUAGAAAGAUAUUUUUGAUAACAAUGGUUUACUGAACUCUAUUCUAUAGACAUUGAAAAGUUUUUGAGCAAAAUAAUUAUCUAAUAAAUACUAUAGUGUGACAACAGUAGAGCUACAUUACCUUCAACAUGGAAGCUUUAUACCACCAAACAAACCGUCUUUUGCAAGAGGUGACGUCUAAUGACCUAGCAAAAGUUGAACGGUCACACACCCCAGAGGAAUACAGUGAAGCUGAGGCUCUUGUAGUGCAAAAGUUGGACACAAUUCAUUCUAACUGCAACCGCUUGGAUAUAUUGAUUAACAAGGAACCACCUGCUAGAAGAGUAAAUGCUAAAUAUCGAGUUGAUCAAUUGAAGUAUGAUCUUCAGCAUGUCCAGAACUCUUUUGGAAUGCUUCAGCACCGCAGACAUUUGCGAGCUCGUGAGUUGCAGGAAAGGGAUGCAUUACUUUCUCGUAAAUUUACCACUAAUGACCAACAGGAGACUUCAAUUUUCUUAGACCAUGAACUUCAACACCAUGAUAAACUAGGGGAAGCUGGUCGGAAUGUAGAUGAGCUGCUAGGCGCAGGUACUACAAUCAUUCAGAGUUUGCGUGACCAAGGGUCAACACUAAAGGGUGCUCACAAACGUGUUCUGGACUUUGCCAAUACACUUGGCCUAUCUAAUACUGUGAUGAGAAUGAUAGAGAGGCGGUCUACACAGGAUAAGUACAUCCUUCUGGCUGGAAUGUUUCUUGUGUUGCUUUGUUUAUACUUUGUCUGGAAGUACUUAUGAAAGCAGUUUAGAUAAGUUAUGGCUAUAUAUUUUAAAAAUUUAUACUUUUUAGUUUUAGUUUAGUUUGUUAAAGCUGGUAAUUUCAAGCACAUCACCCUUGCUUGGGUCUUAAAUGAGGUUAAUAAAAAGACUGACUUUACGUGAUAUGAUCCUCAUUCAUUACAUAUAAAACUUGACCUGAUAGUACACUGUUUUCAUUAAAAAAAAUUACAUUGAUUAAUUGCAGAAGAGCCACACUGUGGUGGCAGACUUCAUUUAUUCAUUUUAUUUACAAUAAACCCUUGUAUAACAUGGCAGUGACAUCCCUGGAAUAAAGUACUUUGUAUAAAAUGGUGAUACAUGUGGGUAUAGUAUGGUUAUGUUCUCGGCCAUAACAAGGCAUAUUCUGAUUUUAUCAGAAUAUGCUUUGUGUAUGUCUGAAUAGGCAUAUUCGUACAUAAUUUUUUGCUAUAUGUACAAUAUAGGCAUAUUCUGAUUUUAAAAUACUGCAGUGUGAAUGUGUAUCUGUGUGAGAUUGAGGGCAGGGUAGGGUGUGGGAGGGAGGCAGUGAGAGGGAGGCAGUGAGAGUGGGAGGGAGGUGGGGGAGAGAGGGUUAAUGUAAGAGUGAGUGCACAUACAAGUUAAUUAUCUAGGUUUUGCAACUUCCCUUACCAUUCAUUUGGUGAGUAGUAAUGAGAAGUGUACACAUUUAUAUCAAUUGCUCAAGUUUUACCACCAUAAAAUAUCUUCAUAAAUUAUAUAUAUAUAUUUGUGUGCAUGUGUCUGUGAUUAUUUAAAUGUAGUUGUCCAUGUAAUUUUGUCAUAUGCCCCUUGAAACUUCUGAGGGUUUGGCAUUCUCCACUUCUCACUUAAAUUUUUUUAAUCUACAACUUUUUUUUUUCUUUUCAAAAGAAAACCUUUUCGGCAUUUUUUCGGCCCUUUGUUUUAAUAGCUCGAGUCUGGGGUAUCUUAUUUUUUAAGUUGGUUUGAAAAAUUCCUCCCUGCUAACUUUGUCAUUUUGUCACAAUUUUAAUUCAUUGUGUCGGGGGACAGGCAGCCAGUUCAUACAUACAGUACAUGUUUGUAGGCUUAUAUUGAGUUCCUCCCCAGGUUCGAAUUACCGACCUUUCCCGGAAUGUAACCCCACAAGAAGCUAACUAACUCCUGGGUACUUGUUUAUUGCUAAGUGAAUAGGGGCAUGAGGCAAUAGGGAACACGCCAAAUCAAUUCUGUCCUGCCUGGGAUUCAAACGUGGAAUUCUCAAUAAGGGUCAAGAACGAAUCCAAACUGUACUACCAGGACCCUUUGUAUGUGGUAAUCGUGUCCCCUCAUUUCCUUCUACGUAAUAGCUUUUACAUGUUUAAUACUUCUCGUCUUUCUUCCUCCUUCCAGUUUGUUUGGUCUAGAAGCCAUUUGUUAUGUUGUUGCAACUUUACAAUUUGAUGUGCUUUUUGAGAUACAGUAUGAAUAUUGUAUAAUUGCUGUAUAUUCCAAUUUCACUCUCUCUCUCAAAUGUACAGUAAUGAGCAAUUUACCAUUCAUCCAUGUAUUUAACAAUGAUUCUGAAAUUUACAAGCAUAAUGUAGGGUCUGCCCGUGAUGUGGUCGUCUGGUGACAGUUUAUUAUACAGAACCACCCCUAAAUAUAUGACUGUCAGAGUUCUUUAAUAUGUACUGUAUAUUGUUCAAAUACAAUAAUUAGUAGAUUGCAUGUAGUUUUUUUUUAUGUAUUCAGUAUACGUAUUCCACAUUCCAUUAUGUGGCAUUUAUUCACAUUCAAUACUGUAUUUAUGGGAUUGUAUGAGGAAUUGUAUUUUUUCAAUAAGACUGACAGCCAGACAGAAAAAUUAGGUGUAAACGGCAAAAAUCUCGUGGGGGUACCAGUGGACUGAAAAGGGAGUUAAAGCUAUGGUUCUCUGGGCCCGAGUGUACUUGUGAGCAUACUGUGUGUGUGUCAUAGUAACACAUGCUAUUUAAAUGUUGAGUGGCUAAGUGGAAAAAUUUCUUGUCAAAAUUGUACCAUUACUGUUUGAAUGUGCAUUAUAUAAGGGUCCACUAAACUGUACUUCCCAACCCGUCCUCGACUCGAGUCCAUUACAUCCAGCGAUCGACCCCACACACGCAUUAAUAAAUUUUUAUUUGCUGUUCACUCAAACUGGGAAUUUUCUCAAAUAUAUAUUACUGUAAUAUUAUAAUAGCAUAUUGUGCAUAUAUAUAGGCAUAGGUUAGGUUAGGUGUUGAGGUUCUGUUGACAAUUAUUUGUAUUUGUAGUACAUGGGUGA